AUGGAGGCAGCGGAUCAACUCUUCCUCGGUGACGGCGACGUCUCGAUGGAUCAGCCGCCGACUACACAGCCUGCCGGUGCGCCAGCCUCCACAACGACGCUGCCAACAUCGUCAGCGACAGACCUGCCACCAGACUCCGAGCUGGUCGCCUCAUUACCGGUCUACCUUAGCAAGUCUCUGCUCGGCGACUCCUCCCUGCACGUUUUCCAAUACCCCAUCUAUCCACGAGACAGACCACUGCCAGUACCCUAUUCGGCAGCCGCUCGAGGGCUCAAAGUGUCAAGUCGAUGGCGACCACGAGCCAACCGAGUAGAGGUCGAGCUGCCUCUGGACGUUCGAGAGGAAGUCUACAACACGGACCGCGGCGUCGAGUUCGGAGCAGGAGCAGAUGUGCUUGCACAGAAGCAGGCUCGUGCUGAUGCUGCUCAUGGAGGCUCUGCGUCCGCAACUGAGCCAUCUAGCAGCCGAACACGCGUGAAGCAGGAGAGGGAAGAAGCACAAGCCAACAGAGGCCCCAAGAAGCUUGAGAAGAUCAAGCUGGAAAGCACGCAGGUGCCCAAUGCCACCGAGUACAUGGUCGGCGUCAUUAGAGAUCAGGCGCUCCAUCUCACACGCCUGGAGUCCAUCGUUCAGCUGCGACCCUCGAUGAACUACCUCGAUGCCCUCGAUGAGGCACGCGAGGCAGAGAAGCGCAGAGACCGUGCUGCUCUCGCCGGCGAAUUGGGCUCGGACGAAUCGGACGAAGACGAGCUGAUCGAGAUGGAGGCACCGGGCGAAGGAUCAACGCGUUCGAAGGCUAAGAAGGACGUCAAGAAGCCGACAGCUCAGACGCUCAGUGUAGCGCUGCGUGCCGACCCCAACGCAAAGAAGCCAGGUAGCCUUGGAGGCAUGGGCGGUGGGUCAAGCAGUGAAGCGCGCGACCUGCUCAUGGCAGCACAAAGAGAGGCGGACGCCGAGCGCUGGGUCGAUCUCGAUUGGAGGGAUGAAGGCUCGCAAGAGGCCCAGCAGAUCUUUGACGCUCAGCUGUUCGCCGGUAGCAAGACCCCUUUGAACUGCAAAACCAAGCCCAGAGACUACCUGCUGCAUGCCCUCCCUUGA